AUGAUAGUUUUUUGUGUAUGGUUAGUUUUGGACGAUAUACUUUAUACGCAGACUUUCACCUCCUCAAUCGAGCGAUACCCUCUGAACCCUCAGGCUUUCUACUUUGGAUACGGAAGACAGUCAGCCGCACAGCAGGGCUGCUCUGUUCUGGAUUCUGCAUUGAUAAGAUAUUUUUCUCUUAUCUUUCCUGACUACACUGGAAAUGGUGUUCUGCGAUUCUUUGAGGAUAAACCAUUUAACAUUGAGAUCACUGUUGACCAUGAUGGUUGUGAGAGUUACCCAAAUGACUCAUCUGAGAGAUAUAAUCUGAGUGUCUCUGCAGGACAAGCAUCACUGAAUGCGGAAACCGUGUGGGGUGCAUUCAGAGGUCUGGAAACCUUCAGUCAGCUGGUGUAUCAAGAUGAUUUUGGCUCAUAUUUUGUGAACAAGACUGAGAUUGGCGACUUCCCCAGCUUUCAGUUCAGGGGAAUUUUGUUGGACACUUCACGUCACUAUUUACCAGUGAAGGACAUUUUGAAAACUCUGGAUGCAAUGGCCUACAGUAAGUUCAAUGUGUUUCAUUGGCACAUUGUGGAUGACCCCUCCUUCCCUUACCAGAGCCAGACCUUUCCAGGGACUUUCCAUCCAAACGAUGUGAGAAGGGUGAUCUCACAUGCCAGGCUGUGGGGAAUAAGGGUUGUUCCUGAGUUUGAUUCACCCGGCCACACCAAAUCAUGGGGAAAAGGGCAGUCUGACCUGUUGACUCCGUGCUACAGCGGGAGCACCCUCGGUGCUUUUGGUCCUGUUAAUCCAGUGUUACCCUCCACCUACCAGUUCAUGGCGAGACUCUUUAAGGAAGUGUCAUCGGUGUUUCCUGAUUCCUACAUCCACUUAGGAGGGGAUGAGGUGGACUUUUCUUGUUGGCGUUCCAACCCGGAUGUCCGAGCAUUUAUGCAGAAGUUGGGAUUUGGAGUAGACUUCACCAAACUGGAGGCAUUCUACAUGGAGCACAUUGUGAAUAUCACUUCAGCCCUCAACAAGACAGUUAUUGUCUGGCAGGAUGUGUUUGACUACCAUGAACGAAUUCCUAAGGACACAGUGCUGCGCAUCUGGAAGGGUAUCCCAGCUAGUUAUAAGGCAGAGCUUAGCAGGAUGACCAAAGCUGGCAUGAGGGUCCUGCUAGCUGCCCCAUGGUACAUCAACCACAUUUCCUAUGGCCAGGACUGGCGUGACUACUACAACGUGAAGCCACUGAACUUUUCUGGUACUGAGGAACAGAAGAAGCUGGUGAUAGGGGGUGAAGUCUGCAUGUGGGGGGAGUAUGUGGAUGCCACCAAUCUCAGUCCACGUCUUUGGCCAAGGGCGAGUGCUGCGGCAGAGAGACUUUGGAGUGAUGAGAAGCAGACCUCCAGUCUGGGCAAGGCGUUUCCUCGCCUGCAGGACUUUCGCUGCAAGCUUGUGAGGCGUGGCAUCCGAGCAGAGCCACUGUAUGUUGGACAUUGUAAACAUGAGUACCAAGGUGUUUGAAGAUGUUGGAUGGAUUAACACUGAAAGGUUUUUCCCAGGGGAUUAAGUUCAUAGUUGCCUUCUUUUAAAGUGGUGUAAAAUCUUUGAUAAAUUGUUUCUAUAGUCUUAAAUACAGAAUUUGAACAUUAAAAUGCUUUCUCAUGGACUUAUCUCAUACCUAUAAUUUCUCUUUCUCCUUUUUUAUAUAAACUAUAGUUAUUUAAUUGUGCUUAAAUUUUGCAUAUUUAGCAAAUCACAAUAUAGAAAUGUUCCCAAACACCUUGUUUGGAAGAACCUGAGGUGCUUCACUGUAAUGUCAUGUUGAAUUGUACUUGAUGACGACAAAAUAUAGAAUGUAGAUUUUAAAUUUAAAACUUGUACUCUUGGACUGCAACAUGAUAAAAUAAUGUUGUUGUGCAGAUGUUGUCAUUUGUUUUUCUGCAAAAACAACUUGCUUGAGACAGAUUGCUAGCCUAAUCCCAACGCUAAUCUAAUAUAGAAAAAUAAAGACAUUGACGGCCUUUUUCCACACAUAUUCAAUUCAAUACAAUUUAUUUUUGUAUAGCC